UUGGAUGGCAUCAUAGUUGGACGGCACUCCGUCGAGUCAAUAGACUCCCUCCCCCUGGCAUAGAUUUGCUCUGUAAUUCAUAUGGGUAGACUGCCUCUACGCAUAAGCGUCUGACCCUACCUCCCGUCAAACUAAGUCGCUCUUUCGUCUCUCACUUAGCUGUGACAGCUAGCCUCCAAUGUGCUCAGUCAGUGGCUAUCGAGAGCGGUCGUUAUUGCACCUGCUUCGGUAGUGGUCGUUGGGUAGCAUCCAUCCGGUACGCGCGAGAAGACCCUGUGAGAGACUAAACUUUAAAGAUCCGAGGAGAUCAUUUAACGUCAUGGACGUAAGGCUGCAUCUGAAGCAAAUUGCUUUUCUGUGUUUUAUCAGCCUGCUUCUGACGCCUUGUGGAUUAGCCUGUGGUCCCGGUAGAGGUUAUGGAAAACGAAGACAUCCAAAGAAAUUAACCCCUUUGUCUUACAAGCAAUUCAUUCCCAACGUUGCCGAGAAAACGCUCGGGGCAAGCGGCAAAUACGAAGGCAAAAUCACAAGGAAUUCAGAGCGAUUUAAAGAGCUGAUUCCGAAUUAUAAUCCCGAUAUCAUCUUUAAAGACGAGGAAAACACAAACGCUGACAGACUGAUGACCAAGAGGUGUAAGGACAAGUUAAAUUCGUUGGCGAUAUCCGUCAUGAACCAGUGGCCAGGUGUGAAACUGCGCGUCACUGAAGGCUGGGAUGAGGAUGGUCACCAUUUCGAAGAAUCUUUGCACUACGAGGGACGGGCGGUGGACAUAACUACCUCAGACAGGGAUAAAAGCAAGUAUGGGAUGCUAUCUAGACUUGCAGUGGAGGCAGGAUUCGACUGGGUCCAUUACGAAUCCAAAGCCCAUAUACACUGCUCUGUCAAAGCAGAAAAUUCAGUCGCUGCUAAAUCGGGGGGAUGCUUUCCUGGAUCUGGUACGGUGACACUCGCAGACGGGAGGAGGAAACACAUCAAAGAUCUUAAAGCGGGCGACCGGGUUUUAGCUGCGGACGAGGAGGGAAAUGUCUUAUUGAGCGACUUCAUCAUGUUCAUGGACCACGAUCCGACAACGAGAAGGCAAUUCAUCGUCAUCGAGACGUCAGAGCCUUUUACAAAGCUCACCCUCACAGCCGCGCACCUCGUCUUCGUUGGAAACGCCUCGGCUAGAUUUGGUACAACAGCAACGUUUGCCAGCAACGUGAAGCCUGGAGAUACAGUUCUGGUGUCGGAAGGAACAGACAAGAGCCUCAAGAGCGUUACAGUGAAGAGGAUUUACACUGAAGAGCACGAGGGCUCUUACGCGCCAGUCACCGCGCACGGAACCAUAAUAGUGGAUCGGGUGCUGGCUUCGUGUUACGCGGUUAUUGAGAGUCACAAGUGGGCGCACUGGGCUUUUGCACCGGUCAGGUUAAGUCACAAGGUGAUGACGUGGCUUUUCCCGGCUCGUGAUUCAAACGUCACUUUUCAGGAGGACGGCAUCCACUGGUACUCAAAUAUGCUGUUUCACAUCGGCUCGUGGCUGCUGGACAGAGACUCUUUCCAUCCACUCGGGAUUUCACACUUGAGUUGAAAGUGCAGCUACAGUAUCACUAUUUGGGCACCAGACUCAAACGUAUCUUUAUUUUCUGUAAGAAAAGCCUUAAAGUGUUCAUUGAAUAAUUUAUUUGUAUUGGAUCAUCUGUCUCUGGAAACGUACUACACACCGAUUCAAGCAUGAUGUGACCGUUUUUGCGCAUUUUUGUGAGAUUAUACGAAAUAAGAGAACGUAUUGAAUUUACAGGGCUGUACACUGUGCAACCGACUGAUCUAUUUUAUUGGAUAAGCAUAGGAUGGCGCUCAAAAAUUAUAUUUUUAUACACAGAUUUGUAUAUUAGAUUUUUGACGGAUCUAAAAGUAUUUCCAGAAUCAUAUUUCGUUAUUUGAAAUAGUGCAAAGUUACAUUUAUUUAAACAGUUGCGAUGUAUAACGAACUGUUCAUGUCAUUAUGUCGAGUAUGUCAAGUGUCAUUGUUUUGACCACUGUUUCAACGUUUGUGUAUUCACUACACUAACACUUUUUGUUUAAAUGUACAUUUCUUGACAAAAGUAUAGGCAACUCAAAAUAAAUUCAUGGUACGUAUUGUGCAAA